UCUUUGGCUUUCCGUCACAUUAGGGCUGGACAUCGAAUCAGGUGGGUCUUCUCCAUUUCAGAGCUGGACAUCGAAUCAGGUGGGUCUUCUCCAUUUCCUCAUGUAGGUUACAAAGAGGGCAUGUGGGUUGUGUGUAUACUCCCCAUCUGUGAAGAGGUUUUGCCAAACAAUCGUGUCCGUCGGCGCCAGUCGGGUAUGUUGAGAGUGCCACUGUCCACUGUUUCUCCUUUGUUCGAGCUUCUAGCAACGGCUUCGAUUCCUGGCCAGUCGGUUAUAUCGGAGAGUGCCAACUGUUCGAUUCUUAGCCAGUCGGCUAUUUCGGAGAGUGCCACUGUCCACUAUUUCUCCCUUGUUCGAGCUUUGAGUUCGUUGCACCUUGAGGUCUUGAAUUCUCUUCCAGUCGGCUAUGUCGGAGAGUGA